AUGGCUACCGCACGGCUGGCACAGGAAAUCAUCGAUCAUAUCAUUGACUUCCUCUGGGAUGAUCCCCCAUCUCUGUGCAAGUGUGCCCUGACGCAUUCCUCCUGGUACAAUCGAAGUCGGAUGCUCCUGUACAUUCGGGUCCACAUCCGCGAUUGUGCCACUUUCUCUGCAUUCCGACAGCUUGUAUUACAUGCCCCACGCCCUAGAUCCUUUUUUGAGGGGCACUCUUCCCUAUUGGAUUUAACGGACGGUGGUGUUCGUCCAUAUGUACAGGAGAUACCACACUUGCUGGUUUCUUGUCGGCAGGCGAUCAGGACGAUAGUGUUACGUGAGGCUCAUUGGCACGAAAAGAGAUCCCCACAUUCCACUUUCUUCUCCUCUUUGGCUCUCCUUACAACAAUCACUCGUCUCGAGCUGAUCUCCUGCACGUUUGGCACGUUUAGAGAAUUCCAACGCCUUCUUUGUGAGCUUCCCCAGCUAACAGAGGUAUCCAUACAGGAUAUUUCUAUCAAAUCACACUCCCCAAUACCGGUUGUCCCUGGGGUUCGUUCCACAGGGGAUCGGUUGAGGCUUCAUCUACUGCACGUUAAAGGGCUCCCAUCCGAUGAAUUUAUUGAGUUGUUGAACUGGAUCCGCUCGACCCCCAGUGGCUGCGAUCGUACAAUUCGAUCGCUUCACCUAAACCCAAUGUUACCAACUACGGCGAAUUGGCACAUAACAGCGGGGUUGUUACUGCAAGCUUUAGGUGCACCCCUUACGGAUGUCGCUGUUCCUGUGCUCAUUGGAGGUUUAUCUCAAUUGUAUUUGAUAUUUGGGUCUAAUCUCACCUGGUCGUCCAUAGAUGACGACCAUGCCGGUCUCCUAAGCAACUCCUCCCUUCAAUCUCUUCGUCUAUUUUACUUGUUUGUCGGGCCAUGGACGAUCGCUUGGGGACACAUCGCGAGAACACUCUUCUCGAUCUCAUCAACCAUGAUACGGCAUCUUUACCUUGACUUCAAGGUUGGGAUUGAUCCUCGAUACCAUGGCAUUGGUGAUAUGCACGUUCAACUGACCAUGGACUGGACACCGCUCAAUAAUAUCACUAUGCUGAAGCAAUUUGCUAGCCUUACAGAGGUCGUCGUGGGGAUGGAGUGGCAUAUUUCAGAGGCUGUCACAGAAUUGGAGGUGCAGGAUCUGCAGAACACCAUCAAUGGAGGGCUCCGUCAACUCCAUUGGAAUGCGCGGGGAAUCUUAACGAUCAAGCAUGAAGUCCAUACCUUCUCUGAUCCGCCUAGUACUGGACCUCCCACUGAUGUAGCGAAUGCUGUAGUUUAA